GUGAGCACUCACUCCACAUCUCGACGUCGAUCUGAGGAGAAUCAUAACCGUCACUUUCUUUUUGUUUUUACUGUCAGUUUUUAAAUUAAAACUAUCUCAUAAUCAUCAGAACAGUAUGCAUUUGAUAUCCUUAUUACUGUGAGUCGCUUUAAGGGAUGAAAAAAGCGAGGAAGCGACUGUCGGUGAGCGGAUCUCAAGCGUCUGUCAGGAAACAUGAAGAACAAUUACCCUGGAAGAAACAGAAGCUCCUGGACAUCCAUCAGGCCUUGAACAGUGACCCUGUGGACAUCGAGACCCUGCGGCGGGCGGCUGUGAGCGAAGGAGGUUUGCUGACGGAUGACAUCAGAAGAAAAGUUUGGCCCAAACUCCUCAGUAUCAAUGUGUACAGUCUGCCUGCCAAACCCUCCAAAGAUGACCGAGAAGACCACAAAGACUACAGACAGGUGGUGCUCGAUGUCAGGAGAUCAAUGCGACGCUUCCCGAAAGGCAUGCGUGUGGAUGAGAGAGAGGGUCUCCAGGAGCAGCUGAUCGACAUCAUUCUGGAUGUUUUGAGGAGAAAUCCUCAGCUGCACUAUUAUCAGGGAUAUCAUGACAUCGUGGUGACCUUCCUGCUGGUGGUGGGAGAGAAGAUGACCAUCGCAAUCAUGGAGAAACUGUCCAAUCAUCAUCUCAGGGAUUUCAUGGACCCCACCAUGGACAGCACAAAGCACGUCCUGAACUAUCUGAUGCCCAUUCUGGAGCGCGUGGACCGAGAGUUACACGACUUCAUGAUCAGGUCUGAGGUGGGCACCAUCUUCGCCCUGAGCUGGCUGAUCACAUGGUACGGUUACGUCCUGUCAGAUUUCCGGCAUGUUCUGCGGCUCUAUGAUUUCUUCCUGGCGUCUCACCCACUGAUGGCCAUCUACUUCGCCGCUGUGAUUGUGUUGUACAGACAGAAGGAAGUGAAGAGCAGCGAGUGUGAUAUGGCCAGCGUUCAUCACCUGCUGUCUCAGAUGCCUCAGGAUCUGCCGUACGAGGAUCUGAUUGGUCGAGCUCAGAGGCUGUUCAUGAGCUGCCCCCCCUCUCUGCUGACCCAGUCUGCAGCGCUG